AUGCCUAGUUACUCGGGAAGCGACAAUGCUUAUGUAUUAGAAGCGCGAUGCCUGCUCUGUCGGUUUCAAUUUGAGCCUGGAGACAUAUAUAUCGCCGACUUGCACGGCAAGAGAUCAAAUCCCCUCGAGUAUAUGUACGUGGGCCAUGUCGCCGUAGAUGAAGUUGCCGGAGUGAUCAUUCAAGUACUCCCGGGCGGGGCAAAAACGACGUCGCCCAACUUCUCAACAGGCUACCAUGAGUCGUGUUUGAACCGUUGGGGACCUGAACUUCUCCCAUCGAGCAUGAGUAUUGGCACGCUCUACGAAUUUUCUCCACCACAUACCGACGACCGCCGUCGAUGGCACCGGACGCGGCUACAUUUGGCGACCGAGCUGCCCAAACUCUUUCCAGACUCCUUUCUACCGACUGAGUUGUGGCACAAGAUAGCCUCCUACAAUGAUAUCGUGCAAUUGUACGCUGUCGAGGCUGUGCGUCAACUCUGGGAACACAGCCGUAGCUGCAGUGCCGAGCUGGAUUUGUCCUUGGGUAUCUGGGCGCACUACAUGUUUAUUGACGGGGUCCGUUAUGUCGAACGGCUCACACGGGUCCCGCCGACACCGAAUGUUGGCCAAACCGACCGUACUACAUGCCUGAAGCUUCUGGACAGCGACUCUGUCUAUGCCAAGAACAUUAUCUACGCUUUGGAAGACCACCUCGGCGUGCGACAGAUUGUGUUUGCCUCCCGGGACGAGGACCUUUCGCGGCUGUCAGACGAUGUACAGACGGCGAAGAAAAGUGACCACGUAAACAACUCAUGGUGGCGAACGGUGAAACUCGGGCCCGGACGCCGUCUCCAAGUCUGGUCUGAUGGCUUAAAAAUUCGAUACGUUGAAGCGGUUCCUCACAACAAUGACGGCGAGAAUGACAAUGAUUUACCACUGGCAAAAUUUGUCUGGCGCGUUCCGAUGCGGACAACAAAAAACCUUACGCACGUGCCUCCCACGACAAGGAACGACCGGAACGACUACAGCAGCAGGCAAAUGAUGUCCAUUGCCUGCAACACACCAGACAUUACCGGUUAUUCCGCAUUUUGGAGCAACAAGGAGAAUACCAUUAUCGCCCUGCACGCGCACCACGAUGGCGAAGAUACGUCCUUUUACAGCCAGUAUGGCCAGCUGUACGGCCAGCUGUACGCCCACGCGUUCUGGAUCUACUUUCCCCUCGUGCCGGGCGAGCGACUUGUCGACGUCUUUUGCCGGCACAACUACAACGGCCACGAGUCUCCGUCUAGACGCAUGGAUCUGGCCUUUGGGACCAACAAGGGGCGCUACAUGGCGUUUGGCCCGGUUCGUCCGCGCGCCCCGCCCCGGCAUACCUCACAUAACAACGACCAUCUCUGGUACGAGCAUGUCUGCAGCUUGCCGACGGACUCCCCGACAUGUAUCCAUUAUAACGUGUCGCCGCGUGGCAUAAAAAGGCUGGUAUUUGAGGAUGCAAGUCUCGAGAUGCGACCCUCGAUCGGCCCACACUUGCGUUUCCCGCCUCCCCGUACUCGGAAUGAGAUGGCCUUUGCUACGACGAUUUCGCUCGAGGGCGUGGUUGCCGUUACGCCGUCGUACUUUCGACGAGGAGAUAAGUGCCAUCAUGCUAUUAUCGGUGGCCUUUUGUUUUCGUAUGGCGAUGGGCGGCCAUGUGUUCCAUUGUGGGAUUUUCGUCUGGACAAUGUGGGUGAACCCAUCGACGUGUCAUCGGCCCAUGCAUUGUAUCUUGGAUAUUUCAGAGUCAGUCGCUUCGUUGUACACUUGGAGAAGGUUUCCGCAACACCCACAGUGGACGAUGAAACAAUACAGUGGCGCUCAAUUUUCUUCCGGGGAAGCAUGGUGCUCUGGCAUACAGGUGCCCCUUCUUUACUGGACGUCAAUCAAGCCGACCAAGUGGCUACAAGCCAUUGA